CAAAGAACACAAAGAAAAAAAACGACAGAAAAUCCACAUUCGUCAUUUCUCUGCUCAAAUAGACGGAGAUUUUUUCACAGAUUUUUAAUAUUUUACCAAAGUUUAAUCAAACUUGGAUAUUUGUAUGAAAAGGCUAAAGAAAAUAACUUAAAGAGUAACUUUUCCACAGUGGACAAUAUAUUUAUUGUAGUUUUCUACAAACAAAGGAAGAAAAUACAAAAGAAGAAAAUAAUUGUCGGCAGCCAAAAAGCAAAAACUGAACCGCAAUGGAGUUAUGUACACGUUCCAAGUCUAGCCUAGCACGGGGUUGUUUGAAUGCACUCUCAAUAUAUUUGGUUAUAUUUUCGACGUUUACCGCAUUUACGACAUUGAUGGCACAUGUGGACGAAUUGGAUAUAGAUGAAGAUUUGUUAACAUAUUCAGAUCCAUUGGUAGAGUUAAAUGAGGACAAUUGGCAGUCAAUGCUCCACGGAGAAUGGAUGGUUGAAUUCUUUGCCCCCUGGUGUCCCGCUUGUAAAAAUCUCGCGCCCACUUGGGAACGUUUCGCUAAAACCGCAAAGGAGCUGCAUGUAAGUGUAGCCAAAAUCGAUGUAACCACAUCACCAUCGCUUAGUGGGCGUUUCUUCGUUACUGCGCUACCAACAAUCUAUCAUGUUAAAGAAGGUGAAUUCCGUCAAUAUCGUGGCUCGCGCGAUGGCGACGCAUUAAUGUUGUUCUUGAAACAAAAACAAUGGAACAAAAUUGAGCCGAUCUCGGCCUGGAAAAAACCUGACACUAUUCACAUGUCCAUACUGUCAUAUUUCUUCAAGUUGUCGCAUACCCUUAAGGACUUCAAUGUACGUCUACAGGAAGAAUACGGCCUACCAACUUGGGGAUCGUAUGCGUUGUUUGCCAUUGGCACAAUAUUUGUCGGUGCUGCCUUGGGCUUAUUACUAGUUUGUGUGGUCGACUUUUUGUAUCCACCAAAGAAAUCACAACGUCAAAGCUUCUCUGAAUCCAAAGGCAAAUCUGCUGGUUCAGAUGCUAUCGAAGAUUUAGCUGCUGAUGAGAUUGAGGACGAAAAUGAUUUGAUUGAUGAACAGGGCGAUGACGAUGAAGACGACGAGGACGAUGAUGAUGAGCAAGAAAAUGAGAAUGGCGGUGCUGAGGAUGAAGAUGAUGGUACUUCAGAGGGUGAAAAGAAUUCAAACGCCAGCGAAUCGGAUGAGCCGGAAAGUGAGAAGGACGCCAAGAAGUCGGCUGGUGAUGGUGGUGCACAGGAACAAACAACGAUUGAGAAAGAGGAGAAGGAUUCGAAAAACACUAGUCCGGUUGAAGUGCGCAAACGCAAGCCACGAAAGGCCGAUUAAGAGCUUGAAGAUAAGCAGUGAAUUAGAAUGAAAAUCAAGAAUGCUUAUUAAAUAUGCAUAGUUAUUAACAUACAUCAACUUUAGUUAGCGUACGUACGGAGCUUAAAUUGCGCAUAUCGCAGGCCUAUUUCUUUUGUUUAUACUUUUUAAUGACAGAAUUUAACUUUUUCGUUUUGUGUAACUGAGUUGCUAGCAAAGGCGAUAUUGGUUGGGGUGUGAAAGCGAAUUGUUUGGCAGAUGAAAUGUUUAUAGUUAGAAAUAGUUACAUUUGUAGGUAUUUUUGCAAACCAAACGGCCAUUUCAGUCAGACCAUGUCGUAAAUCAAGUUUUGUAUAAACAAAACUUGACACAACCCAGAGAUAUUGUUUACAAUGAAAAUGUAAAGCAUAAUUGCAUUAAAGCUAAGCUAUGUGCGUGUGCAUCUACGCAAUUGUAUAUUCCCCAGCGUGUGUUAUACACUUUGUACUUGAAUUGUCAAAUUUGAACUAAUUGCCUAUUAUUGCUAAUAUAACGCACAAAUAUCGUUUCUGAACAUUUCAACUUAAAUAUUAUUGACUAAUUUAAAAAAUAAAUUUUACACCAACAUUCAUUUGCUCGAACAACUUUCAAGUUUCAUUUAUAGACACAUAAUACAUUAAACUAUGCGAAAAAUUAAAUAAAAUAAAAUUUGCCUUAUUUAGAUGGAAUAUAGAAUACAUAUGUAUGUAUGUACGAAGAAAAAACAUUCAAAAUGCUUAAGACAAGCGACAAGUUUUAUAAAAAGUUUGUUUAAUGGUUGAAGCGUAUGCUAACAAAAAUGACUAACAAAGUGAAGCGAAGUAGGAGGCGUUGAAGCAACUACAUGCCUAAUAAAUAAUCAAAUAAUGAAAAAAAAUUAGCAUACAUAUUACGAAAUAUUUACUAAUUUAAUUUAAAUAUAAAGAAAUAUGGAAGAUAUUCUAUUUAGACCGAAAACUAUUUGCUGUGUAGUAAAGGAAAUCUACAUACAUAACUGACUGUUCACUAAUUUUUAAGUACGCUGCUACCACAAUUAUUGUGGGUAGGCAUGCUACACUUUUUAUCUACUUGCAUUUUUAAUUGUUCGUACUGUUGGGUAUUUGAAGCAGAUAAAUAUUUUGAGCUUAAGAAAUAUUUUACAAAAUCAUCACCUUUCAUUGUGCAUUACAAGUAAUUAUAUCUAAAAACAAGCAUAUGUACAUAUGUUUUUCGGUUAAAAAAGUAUGAUUAACAUUAUAUUAUUCUUAAAUAUUUUAAAAUAAAUAUGAAAUUAUAUAUUUUCGAAAACUAAGUAUUUUUUUUACUUGACUCGAACUGCGACAAAGUUGUGGUUCGAGUUAGUAAGUUUCGACUGUAUUAUGGUUAUACAUAUAGUUAUAAAUAUGCUUUGCUAACAAUGUACAACUACAUAAUUUAAUUAAAAAAUUUUCUUUUUAUUAAUUUUCUUUAGCACUAAAUUAAAUAAAGGUUUCUUUUUUAAUA